AUAACGGAGACCUGCGAUGCUUGCUCGUGGCGUCCUGUACUAGUAGAGUACAUCUCUGUCCCAAUCGCCGUGAUCCAGCUAGCUUACUACACAGGCAAGGUCGAUUCGAUCGAGGCCGCCGCCGCCGCCGCCGCCGGAGACGACCCCGCCGCCUUCAGUUAGUUAAGCUACAAAAUGGCCUCACUGGACACCGUCAGAGGAGAUCUUGGCCUGGUUGUUUUGUACCUAAGCAAGGCUGAGGCAAGAGAUAAGAUCUGCCGAGCUAUACAAUAUGGAUCCAAGUUCCUGAGCAACGGACAACCAGGACCUGCACAGAAUGUCGACAAAUCAACUAGUCUUGCUCGGAAAGUUUUCCGGCUGUUUAAGUUUGUUAAUGAUCUCCAAGCUCUGAUUAGCCCCCCUGCCAAAGGAACUCCACUUCCGCUGAUCUUACUUGGAAAGUCGAAGAAUGCGAUGCUGUCAACUUUCCUUUUUCUGGACCAAAUUGUUUGGGCUGGGAGAACAGGAGUAUACAAGAACAAGGAGCGAGCAGAGUUCCUUGGCAGGAUAGCAUUUUACUGCUUUCUUGGAUCUAAUACAUGUACUACCAUCAUCGAGCUAGCGGAGCUUCAGCGGCUUUCCAAAUCGAUGAAGAAGUUAGAGAAGGACCUCAAGCACCAAGAGCUGUACAAGAACGAGCAGUAUCGGAUGAAGCUGAAGAAGUCCAAUGAGAGGCUGCUUGCUCUCAUCAAAUCGAGCCUUGACAUAGUUGUCGCAGUGGGGCUGCUGCAGCUGGCCCCGAAAAAGGUCACUCCUCGCGUCACUGGGGCCUUUGGGUUCGCUAGCUCGCUCAUCGCCUGUUACCAGUUGCUUCCAGCCCCAGCCAAAUCCAAGUGAUCUGCCUGCCCACCUCGGGCCAGGCAGCUGGUGCAUCGAUUGGUGAAACGGCGGUUGCUGUCGCUGAUACUUGAUAAGAAAUAAAUCUGGACCAAAUUGUCCGUCCUGUAGGAUAUAACCAAGGAUUAUUGUUGUGGAAGUCGGCAUUGCCCAGGGCCAUCCAAUAGCCUGGUUGAUCUGCCUUGCCUUAGACUUGAUUAUGUAGCACGCUUGUAUUUGUAUGGUCUGGUGUGCCACUAUCAUACUACAACUGUUGCAAAAUAAUUAGAAAUUUCAUACUAGAA